CCUCGUUGUCGCUUUUUUUUUCGCAAAAGUUUGCCGUAAAAUCAUCGGUUUCUUUGCCUCGCACGUGAAAAUAUCCGUCUUGGAAAGCCGGCCAUCCCGACCAAGAACAUGUCCACCGACCAACAAUCGAAAGUGCAAGUCUCGAUCUCGUUGCACCAUGACACCGUGUACGAGCUGGAAACGGCAAUCGAACAUGCUGCGAAGUCUAACUACAGCUCGGUCACCAUUCCGUUGGCCCACCGGCAGUUUGAUCGGGAGUUUGUGUUGGAUCCGCUAAAGACCAAGCACAAUCGCUUCACCCGGUCGGAUUUGCUUCUCAAUUCGACACAGUGGCUCAAUCGGGUUAUUUGUAGGUUGAGCAGCAAUAUAGAUUGUGAUUCGGAGGAUGAUGACGUCCGGAAGCAGGGUGAGUGUACGAUGAGGCAGGAGAUUUCCUACGCAGAGCAUCUAGUUCAGAGUGGGUACAUGCUGUUGCGAUUGAAGAGCGGAAAUUGUGCCAAUUUAGCUCGGGUGACCACCAUUGGAUUAAAGGGAAUCCUGCUGGUCGAGAUUCCGAUGGCUAAUCCAAAAGUUACCCAGGCAUCCUGGAGAAGUGACGGGAAUAGCGAGAGUGCAGAAGAGGAAGACACUUGGAAUUGGUGGAACAACUUCCGGUCCUAUGCGGAUUAUGACACUCACGUGAAGAUUGCACUGGAGUUUACCGCUGACAUUCCAAAGAGGCAGGAAAUCUAUCGUUGGCUCGGAGAACCGGUCGAUGCAGUGGUUGUUUCGUCGGACAUCUUCCUGACCAAUACGAACAACUUUCCGGUUCUGUCAAAAGCUCAUCAGGAACUGCUGGUUCUGUUCCAUCGUACCUUCGGUUGUCACUUCAUAGUGAAAGCAAAUCCCGAAGACAAACGAGUCGUUCAUUACGUCGACUACAUAAAGUACGUUCUUCGUAUAAACCAUGUCAAGGAUGUGAUGCAAGGGUAUGAUGAUCUGUUGGAGAUUCCGCUCCAGCCUCUGUACGACAAUCUGGAUAGUUUCACGUAUGAAGUGUUCGAAAAGGACCCAGUGAAGUACAUUCUCUAUCAGAAUGCAAUCGAGGAGGCCCUCCGAGAUCGUGUUUCUUUGGAGGAACUGGAAACGCGUACAUCCAUCAUCAUGGUCGUGGGUGGAGGACGAGGCCCUUUAGUUCGGGCGACGUUAAACGCCGCGGCUAAGAGCAAACGGAAGGUGAAGAUUUACGUCAUCGAAAAGAAUCCGAAUGCAAUCGUUACUCUGAGCUCGCUGAUCAACGAAUUGUGGAAGGACAAAAACAUCGAACUUAUCUCUAUGGACAUGCGGGAGUUUGAACCCCCCGAGAAGGCGGACAUUCUGAUUUCCGAACUGCUGGGUUCGUUCGGUGAUAACGAACUCUCACCCGAAUGUUUGGACGGAGCACAGAGGCACCUCAAGCCGGAUGGAAUUAGCAUUCCUUGUAAAUCGACAUCCUAUCUGAACCCCUGUAUGACAACAAAAAUCUACAACCAGAUUCGUUCGCUGGAAAAGAGUCCACAUGGCAAAGACCGGAUUGUCACGUCCCGCUACAUGGAAUGUUCGUAUGUGGCCUAUCUGAAGAACGCCUACCACAUCGAUAAUCCUCAGGCAUUGUUCGAAUUUGUCCAUCCCAACCGGGAACCGGUCAUCGACAAUUCCCGCUUCAAAACGGUCCGUUUUAAGUCCCAACUAGAUUGCGUUAUGCACGGAUUUACCGGGUAUUUCGACAGCGUCCUGUACAAGAAUAUCACCAUUAGCAUUCACCCGUUCGAUCAUACCAAGGGGCUGGGUUCGUGGUUCUCGAUGUUCUUCCCACUGACGGAACCGAUGCAGAUUCGAGCCGGCGAUGAAAUUGUCGUCAACUUUUGGCGGUGCGUCGCUGCGCACAAGGUUUGGUACGAGUGGAACAUCACGGCCCCCCGACAGACCCACAUUCACAACGUGCAGGGACGAGGGCAACCGAUCUGGAAAUAAGCUGUUAGUUAGGUUUUAUUUUAUUGAAAGAGAAGCGACGAAUCGAUUUCAGUCUGGACAAAACUUGAACACAACAAAGAUAGA